ACUGUUGGCAAGUGGAAAACUCUCUGCAAAUGGCAAAGAUUGUUAAACAAAGGCAUAGAAUCAGGGAGACAGAGGGAAUGAAGUCUGUUUCUCACAAAACCUCAUUCUACAGUGCUACCGUCUGUGUGGGAGGCAGAAGGGAACUGGAAGGGGGAGGAAUGGGUAGACAUGUGGAGACAGCAGCUGAGGAGGAAUAAAUAGAUGUGAUGAGCUAUGGAGAAGAAAGUAAAGGUGGAGAGCUGGCCGUGAGAGGGAAAACUUUAUGUGAUGAAAUGAAUGAGGGAAAGGAAGGAGAAAAAAAGCCCUUCUAAAAUGAGGAAAUUGCUGUUCUUCUGAGCCUGAUAAGGGCUGCAGGGGUGCUUGGAAAUGAGCAGUGCUGGUGCCCUUGAAAGCACAGGGCUAGAAAGAGGAGAGAAAAAAUUAGGGAGUCUGAUGAAUAUUGACAGCUUUGGGAUCAGUUCUGGAGAAUGCACUGUACUGCUUUUAGAGCCUGAGUUGGCAGGAAGAAAUAAAUGCAAAACUUGUGUUCUGCAUGUUCACAUGGUCUAGCAAGGAGUGUAGGGCAAAGCUUCCCGGCAGUGGGAAACAGCUGGCAGAAAGCCUUUCACGUGCACACUUAGGAACAGCUGAUAGUGAAUUUUCAAAUAUUUUAAAAUCUUUGGAAUCUGCAUAAGGGGAAAACAGCAAAUAUUUAGCAAAAGUAUACAGUAUAGCUGCACAAUGCUAGGAAGUGUGAGCUGCCCAGCUAAUUGCCAUUGAAGUCACCAUGUAGGUAAUUGAACAUUUAUGAUAUGAUGAAUCUGACUCUCCCUGUCUGAACCUCAAAGUCUGCUCCUGUUGUGAUCCUCACUUUCUCUGUGGCCUGUGUUAUCACUGCACCACAUGUAAAAUGAGAAUUAAUUCUUCCUCAAAUCAGAAGAAUAGAGCCUUGCAAAUGAUUGGAGCUGUGUAGUACAUAGGAAUAUGCCUCUGGAUGUACUUAGCAUUUCUACUAAGAACAUUACAGAAUCAUAGAAUCAUUCAGGUUGGAGAAGACCUCCAAUGUUAUAAAGUCCAAGCAUUAACCCAGCAGUGCCAAGCCUAACAUGAAACCACAGCCUUAAGCAUCGCAUUUACACAUCUUUAAAUGCCUCCAGGGUUGGAUUAUCAAUGUCCUUUGGAGGCAAUAGGAAGGAAAAGACGAGACAGAUGUCAUUUAGAGAGAUAUUGCAAAAUGAGCAAGGAAAACAACACUCCUGGCCAAGUGCAUGUGCUUAUCUACACCCAGGCCACAGGGAAGGUCUUAGUCUCAGUGAGCAACUGCAAUUAGGUUUGUGUGGUACAAGAUGCCCAAGUGCAUGAUAAUCUUCAGUGAAGCAUGGGGGGUGGUAGUUCGGGUUCCCAAAAUGAUUUAAUAUCAAACUCAGUGAUGUCAGUAGGUGUUGCUCAGCUGCAGAUAUGUAGAGCAGCUACAUGGGCAUUUGGUUGCUCAUAAUUGAGGGAAGAGGUGGUUUGAUUCUAUUCCCUGGGAGAAGUUUGAGUGAGACUGAAUUGAAAAUCCAAGGAGAAGGCUAGCAAAUAUCCUGCUCAAUGCUGGUUAUAAAACCCUUUGAGCAGAUUAUUUGCCUCUUUUCAAUUAUUUAUUUCAAAACUAGUCAGCUUGGAUCACCUAAAGUCAUUUGGAGCUUUCAGGCUCCAUCUCACCGAAUACUACACCAUAAGCAUGAUGAGAGAUAUGGAUUCCAAUGAUUUUGGUGUUGCAGUUCCCCAAGUUAACUCCAGUUCACUGAUGCUGGAGGAAAUGCUGGCCAUAGAACAAGAAAUGGUUCCAUGGAGAGGAGGAGACAGGACAGUUUCUCGCACCAAUCAGGAAACUGUUGCCUGGUUUUGCUCUGAACCCAAAUCUAGCAUUUCUGGGUAGGUCUCUUCCAGACCAUCAUUUCUGCCUAGGCAGAAAUUUAAAACCCAGCAUUUGUUAGCCUGGUUCCCAGAAGAGGCAACAGUGUAAAGCAGUUAUGCAACCCUGGCACCUUCUGCUUGUCCACCAUUAAAGGAGAGAUCUGUGCUCUGAGCUAUUAUAGAAGCAACGUCUAUCUGGAGAGGUUUUUGAUGAGCUUCUCUAUUUCUAAACCCAGACAGUUAUUGAGCUCAUAUUUCACUUAGCAGGCAGAGAGCCCUUGGCAGCACCAAAGGUCAGCUGGGAGGUAAUGAAGCAGGUGACUCAGAUCUGAUGGCUUCCUCUUGUUUAUUUAUCAUUUCCCAACUCAAACCUGAUGUGGUGCUGAUGGCAAGCCUCUCCUUGUCCCCUGCACACAGUGAAGUAGCUGGGGGAGCUCCAUCUCCCAGCUCACCCUGCCCAGUAAGGCUGGCUUAGGUGAACUUGCUGAAUUAUCUGUACGCGGCUUUCAUCAGUUCCUUGGAAAAAAUGAUUCCAGUUCAUCUCUGUCAGCAGUAUGGGUGAUGUUUUGUAGGCAAACCUAGAUAACCACUGCAAGGAGACAGGAGCCUGCCACUGAGAUGUGGUGGAUACCCUGUCCCUGGAAACAUUCAGGGUCAGGCUGGAUGGGGCUCUGAGCAUCCUGACUGAGCUGUAGAUGUCCCUGUUCAUUGCAUGGGAGUUGGACUAGAUGACUUUUAAAGGUCCCUUUCAACGCAAAUGAUUCACUGGAGCUCAUACACCACACUGCAGCAGCUGAGGUUCUGGCCCUUACCUUGCCUUACAGUAGCUUUGAUAAUUGAGAACCUAAUCCAUGUAGAUUGGAGAUCUAUGUGGAUAUCUCCAUCUAUGUGGAUGGAGAUAUCAGAUAUUACAUUAACCACUUCCUAAACUUCAGUUGGGAUAGUUCUACAAAACAAAAAGAGCAAAGGUGAGUUAUGGUCAGGGACGAGCUGUUGAUCUUCUUUCCCAUGGAACAACUUGUUCUCCCUUUAUCCAGGAGGAAGGCAUCAAGGAAUUAAAGUUUGGUUGGACAUGAGUACAUCUUGUCACAGAUAAAGGACAUUACAUACACAGCUAGGGAUUUAUCUUGUAAAUGGAGCGUAGCUGCAGCAGACUUCAGUGAAGGUUGGUGUGAUGCGUUUGGACAGUAGAUACUUUGACUACAGCUCAGAGUUCUCCACAGUUUUGUUCUCCACUUCAUGUGGGAUGCCGGUAGCUUGUUCUCUCUUAUUCACCCAGCUCUUAUUGGUAUUCUUUCUCUUCCAGGUGCUGUAUCAUGUCCAGGUAGGACAAUACCAGUGUGAACAUCAUCCCAAGGUGAUCACCCCAAGGCACUGAGCUGUUCUGCUCUUGUGGCUCCUAUUUCACUCAGCAGCAAGGCAAAGGCAAAGAAGACCUAGGACUGCCUCCCUUGUGCUUGGCGUCAGACCACCUGCAGCACUCAUAGGGAUGGAUUCCAAAGGUAACGUCCGAAGUGGAAACAAACCCGAUGCCAAGGCCCCCAGCUCUGGAAAGUCAGAAAAGCCCAGCCCUGGGCCUGCCACGAAUGCAGACAAGAAGGAUACCCCCAAAGAACAGCCUAAUCCUGCCACUGCCCCCAAGAAGACGGGCAGCGAUGCUGCUGUUGUGAACAACCACAGCAACCUGAAACCCAGUGCAGCUGCCACGGAGACACAAGAGGCCACUGGCCAGUCCCCUGACUCUGACCACAAGGGAAAUGGCUCCGAGGAGUCACCGAGCAGCAUCUUCGACAACAUGAAGCCCUUGAUCAUCGUUGGAGGAGUGGCGGUGGCAGCGCUGGCGGUGAUUGUGGGAGUGGCGUUCCUCGCCCGGAAAAAAUGAAGACCGAGACAGGGUGGGCUGAGAAACCCAACCUGGCUGUACAGCUCCUUUUGAGACAAAUGCAUGCAUACAAAUUCUAUACAUAUCUAUAUAGAGAGAGCAAGCUAGAUAGGUCAAUGUCAAACACCAACUGCAACUCCAAGGGUCUUGUUCAAGACAACUGUGCCAGUUUGACCCAAUGUGGGUAACUCCAUGCACUCAGUGUGUUCUUUUCAUAUAAUAUAUCUUGGCUUAUACCACUGUGUAUAGAUUACAGCUUCUCCUGAUUGGUGUAAAUGACGGUGUCCCCUCCCCUCCCCUGCUGUCCUCCCUGGGAGCCACCCCCACUUCUCCUGCAGUCCCCUGUUUUCAAGUCCAAAGUGUUCUUCGUCCCAUCCAGAGUCUCUGCUUUGUGUUUUGGUUUUUCUGUUCAGUUUGUUUUGAGGGAAGAGAUGGAGCCUAGUGAGAAGACCCAGUUCACUUGUCCCAGUGUGUGGGGUAAAGUGAGGGUUCUUUGUGUUAAUUUCUUGGGGCUUUGGAUAAGUCUGUUCAGCUGGUAUUUUCCCACUGGAGGCUAUGGCCUUUCUGUACAUGAGGAGGUAGGAAAAAAGGGAAACACAGGCUGGUUUUAGGGGUGGACAGGAGCUGGGACCCCAUGAAAAAUAACACUGGCCUGCAUCAUGCCAGGGAAACCCUGAUCAAGGUCACUGGAAAGAUCCAUCUGUUCUAGAGUGAUUCCUCGCCUGUGACAGUAGCAGGGAUUUGUGACUCCUCCACAUCUUGGAAAUGGAAACAAAUUCCCAGCACUGGGGAGCAGCCUGGUUUCACUGGUGAGUACCUCAGGUCUAAAGCCAGACCUUCUAAGAAAGAAAAGGAAGGCAGGCAAUGAGAGGAUUCAGUGCCUUGCCAGAUGCCCUUCCCCUGACACCAAGAAGUGGGUCACUUUAUCUUGCACUGUCUUUUUAACUUGGGUCAGAGCCCAGAUGAUGUCAGAGAUUAGAUGAGGUCAGAACCACAGACUCCCUGGAGCUCAACAAGUUGCAGCCAAUGGGGUUUUUGAGUGAUACUUAGAAAGGUCAUGAGACUGUGGGGUGAGUUCAGUAGAAAUCAGUUCAAGAGCCAACGUGAUGUGUCUUUGAGCCUAGAUGUACACAUUCAGUGUGUAUUAGGCCAGAGAAAGGCAUAUGUUCUGUGGGUGCUGUCUUUGCAGUACCAGCUUCUGGCAAAAUUACUAGAUAGGAUGGCAGAUGUGUAUAACCCUGGUAAUUCUCAUGGCUCGUGUCUUCUUUAUUUACCUCCAAAUUUGUUUGGCUGAAUGCAUACAGCUUCCUCAGACAAAAAGCCUUUUCAACACAGCAUGGCCAUUCCUAUGGUCACCCUCUUUUCUCUAAGGCUCAUAAAAUAUUCCCAAAGGCACAGAACCUCUGGGAGUAUCCAAUGCUGUCUUCUGAUGAAUGACAGGCUGCUUGCAGCAUGAGUUUAAUGUCUACCUCUACCUUCACCAGUACAGAGAGAGAUGUGUAUGUUGAGUUCACAGUGGUUUUGGAAAGAGUACUAACAGCCCAGGAGAAAUCCUGGUGGUUCAAAGCACUCCUUCCCUGUAUUUUGGAUAUGUCUUCAAGCAGCAGUGUGUCACAGCCUGGAGAAUUUUGGGGGGUUGAACAGAGAGGUCCAUGGCUGGGUGCCUGCAUAGCGUCACUUCUGUCUAAAGAAUGGAUUUCCCCUCAUCCUGCUUUGCAGUUCAAUCAUUCACUUUUGAAGGGGAGGAGGGGAGGAAGGGUGAAGUAAGGGUAAACAACAGCAGAGGAGUAUGAAUUGGGAAAGCAGACAUGAGGCACAAAGUAACUGAAUUGGGAAAGUAGAGAUGUGAGGCACAAAGUAACUCAGAAGCAGUCCUAGUUCAGAACCUUUGCAGCAACUGUAGCAGGGCUUUGCAAGAGGAUGCAAUAGGGCUGCUGGACCUCCCUGCCUGCACCUCAUCCAAGAGCCUGUGGGUGAUGCAGAGCACCCAGACUCUGGCAGUGCCCUUGGCAUGUCCUCAUGCGCAAGCCAGAAGCAAAAGGCAGCGCAGUCCAGCCAGGAACCUCUACGUUACUGCCCACUGUGUACAGAGUAACAUAUCCAAACCAAUGGUGUUUGGAUACAGGGAUGGAUAUUCCUGGGCUCAGCUUCCUUUUGAGCACAAAGCUUUUGGCUAGAGGGACUCUUCCUGUGCCGCUUAUGAGGAAGGCAAGAUGGCCACCCCUGUUCUGAUUCAUGUUUUACCAAAGCAGGGUUGGUGAUUUUCAGACCAAUGCCUCUAUUUUCAACUCCUGCCUUUAAGAGAUGUUUCCACCUGUCCUGUCUUCUCCUGACAUUGGAUAUUUUUAGCAGUGUGUGACACUACAGAUGCAGCAUUUAUUUACUCUGCACUGAUCAGCAUAGAUAGAUGCAGGGGGGGUGGGGGGAGGAAAUGCCUGCCUCAUUUGAGUAUCUUAUUAUUUUAUUUAUGAAGUGGUUUCAUUUUCUUUGCUUAAAGUUUGGCAACAGAAGAGGGAAAAACAAUUCUCAGCCAAUGUGGGCCUUAACCAUUUCUGUUUGCAUCUGACUCCUCCUUGCCCUUAGGGCACGUGGGUGCAAGGCCAGUAACCCCAUCCAGAAACACCCCACAGAGGCAGUGCCCAACAGCAGCUCAUGCUCUGGGUACAUAACCACAUGCAGCCCUCCCCAGGUAGGGACUGUAAUUUGUCCUGUCCAUAAGGGAUUUUCUGCUUACUGACGUAACUUAACACUGUCUGCUGUCCAGAUCUAUCAUCUGGAGCCCACCUCUUUGGUUUGAUUUGAGAAACACCUCUGCUUACAUGUGAGUGUGUCUGUACCACCAACCUGCCUUGAAGUGUGUGUCUAUAUUUCGUAUAUUUCCAUAUCUAUACUACUGCAGUCUGAGUAAAGUCACAUUCCUUGUAGGGAAAACCAAAACAAAAUCUGGAGGUGACACUUCAUUUGUUCCCCUGCAUUCUCGCAGAGUGUUCAUGGUGUCUUUUUUGUGCCAUGCAUCACACCACACAGCACCCACAUUUCUUCCGUCCUGGUUUCUGCUCAGUGCAAAGAAUGUAUGGCUAGUGAACUGCUGAAUGUAUAAUGUGCCCAUUAUGCUAAAAGCUCAAAACUACUGUUCUUCUCCCUGGAUAGUCAUGUGGGCUACUAGCUUGAAAUUAAGGUACUUUUAGACUAUAUUGAACUGUAUGGACUGUGUAGCACUUGUCAAAGUGUGGGUCUAGCGUUGGCUUGAGUCAGGCAGAUGAAGCAUAGAUGCCACACGAGCUCCCAGUGCUGGGACCACGCACUUGCAAGUGACCUCCUUUUAGCAAACACCUCCCGUUCUGCCUUAAUGUGCCUGGCUGUGCGGUGGUUUCAUUCUGAGUAAAAAUGUCCAGUGAGAAGUAGGCUGAGAAGAGCAAAUUCCUCUCUCUCAGCAUCGAAGCGAGAUUGAACUCAAAGCUGUCGAGAAGCCGAAGGCUUAAAUGACUGAACUCGCUGUGCUAAAUAAAUAGUUGUCUUUUCUCGUACUGAGCACAUGCUGUUAUUUGCUUGAUGUUAUUCUUUGUGUGGCGUUUGUGAUAUGAAGUCCUUCUAGUGAUAUCUCCAUGGGGAGAAUGAACUAAUUGUUAAAACUAAUAAGAUUCUGCACUUGGGUUUUGAAGAGAUCUAGAUUGCUAGUUUACUCUUUUGAUAAAGUCUAAAUUAGAAGUUUGACUUCACAGACAUUGCAGCAUAUCACUAAAACUAUAGAUUCAAUUACUGUACCUGAUCCAUAAGUUUUGGUUGGAUUCAAAGAUGUUGUAUGCUCUCUUGGGCAACUUUUUAGAAGGUUUUUGAUGCUUCUAGCUUUCAGAAAGAUGGAAGAGAUUACAGGUCUGCUUCCACUUUCCACUGGCUUAAUAGGCUGUGGCAAGUCCUGCUACCCCCCAACAGCUUUGCAGCACGAUGCAAACAAACCUGGGAAGAAAAGGAUAACAUAGCAGCAUUUUCAGGAUGACAAGCACUGCACAGAUGCUUGCCCUAGAGCACUUCCCAGCCCCACUUGGUUUAGUGACAAAUUGAAAAUGGAUUGGUGUCUUUGUUGGAUCAAAGGUUAGCAGCUGAGCCAUUGCUGAAAACAAAGGGGAUUUUUCCAUCAAUUUCACAUGUUGUGAUCAGGCAUUGGGUCUUAUCGGCACCAGGGAUAUGACAGCAGGUCACUGGAAGAUUCAAAGGCAUUUUAGUGUCAUGUUUGCACAAAAUUGGCAAAAAACUUCUUAUUCCUCUGCUGAGUAUAAGGGAAGUGUUUAUCUGCACAACUAUGCCUAUAUGGACAGUAAUA